AGCCUUGGCUCCAAGAGGGCACGGCGUUGAGCGACUUUUCGUGGGAGGUGAACGGUGAGCCAUGCCCUACGAGGAGGAUGGAGAGUCUUGGGACCUCAACUACGCCCAGCAUGUCGAUGGCAUGGCCGAGAACAGGCCCGGGCACAAGAAGUUCGACGCGUACCGCCUGCCCAAGUGGGUGAAGCAUCCUUUGUCGCACCCCUUCAGCGGGAUCACCAUUGGUCCCGACGCCUACGCAUACGCAUGCCUCAACGGCUCGUUGGACGGCUUGACCAACUUCCUUGGUUGGGGUCCUGCUCACAUUGCCUGCAUGUAUGGCAACAUGGACAUGCUGAAGGCCUGCACCGAGCAAGAGCUGAGCGCGCAGACCUUCAACGGGGAGACGCCUGCCUGGUACUCGGUGCGCUACGGCACCCCCUGGUGCUUGCAAUGGCUGGUGGAGCACGGCGCGGACACCACCACGCCGGAUCUCAACGGGAACGCUCCCGCACAGUUGAUUCACCUGAACAACCGGAACGACGGCCCAGAAAUGGAGUGGCUCGAGGCCGCCAUCAAGGGAGAGUUGACGGACAAGAAGAACCAGCAAGCCCAGGAGGCCAAGCUCAAGAAGUGGCGAUUUGAAGGUCUGGACGACAAGGCGGAGGAUUGGCUGGACAAGAACAAGGCCAAGCAGCGCAAGCACCUGUACAAGACCGGCGACUUCGCGGAUCCCUACCCUCUGCCGGCCCCGGAGGAGCUCUGGGCCAAGAUGGACUUGCCUCGCAGCACCAUCCCGCGGCCGCCGGCCAAGAGCAAGCCGCCGCUGCCGGUGGCUAUGCUCUUCCCCGGCCAGGGCUCCCAGUAUAAGGGCAUGCUCCAGAACUGCCUGGAGAUCCCGGCGGUGGAGAAGAUGCUGGAGAAGGCCGAGGCGGUGCUCGGCUGGAGCGUGAAGAAGCUUUGUUUGGAGGGCCCGGAGGAGCAACUCAGCGCGACGGAGUACUGCCAGCCGAUCAUGUUUGUGGCUGGCAUGGCGGGCAUCGAACUCAUGAAGCAGACGAAGAGGGAGAUGGUCGACCGUGUGCAGGCUGUGGCGGGGCUCAGCCUGGGCGAGUACACCGCCAUUUGCGCUGCCGGGGUGCUGGAGUUCGAGGAUUGCCUUCAGCUGGUGAAGCUGCGGGCGGCGGCCAUGCAGAAGGCCACCGAGACGUCCCCGCAGUCCAUGUGCUCGGUGGCUGGCCUGGACCGUAACACUGUGGAGCGACUCUGCAAGGAGGCGAAGGGGGACAGCCCCGACGCGGUGUGCCAGAUCGCCAACGUGCUCUUCCCCGCGGGCUUCACCUGCGGCGGCUCCAAAGCGGCAAUCGACAAGCUCUGCGAGCUCGCCACGAAGGCCCGAGCACUGCAAGCGCGCCCGAUCAAGACCGGGGGCGCCUUCCAUACGCCGCUCAUGGAGCCGGCGAAGAAGGAGUUGGAGCAGGCCAUCGACGCCGCCUUCCCCAAGAUGAAGCCUCCACGGUGUGCGGUGUACUUUAACAUCACUGGCAAAAAGGUGCCUGCAGGUUCGAAGCCGGCGGAGUUCGUGGAUUAUAUGAAGAGGCAGAUGACCAGCGAGGUGCUCUGGGAGCAGACGGUGCGGCACAUGGUCUUCGAUGGGGUGAAGGACUUCUUCGAGGUGGGCCCCCACAAGCAGCUCAAGGCCAUGAUCAAGAGGAUAGAUCAAGACGCCUUCAAGCGGACCGAAAACAUCGCAGUCUGAGCGUCUUUGGCCGAGGUGCGGAAUUUAUUCUUAAGCUGAAGGGAACGUUACCAA